AUGGGCAACAUGGCCAAGAAGAUUAAGCGAUCGAAGUCUGCCACAGCCAACACCAACGGCCAUGUCGUCGUCGAGAAAUCGCCAUUAAUACAGCUAACCACCUCGUUAUACCUCACCCUUUCUCCCACCGCGUACGACGACACGAAAGAUGGCACCGAACCACGAGUCCACAGUAUGCCUGUCAAGGGACUCUGCGCCGAACACAUUGCACCCCACCUCUUAUCCUACUACCCACCGCUGAACGGCAUCCUACUCAGCUUCAGCAACCCGCGCAUAUCAGAGACUCCCGAAGAUGCGCUUCGGCCAGAUGCGACUCCAGUCUUGUCGCAUGGUAUCGACGAAUAUGCGGUAUCAUACGUCUGGCUCACUUGCGAUUUCCUCAUCUUCCGCCCCUUACAAGGUGUGAAGCUGGAUGGUGUGGUGAAUCUACAGAGUGAGAGUGUCCUUGGUCUGCUGUGCUACAAUUACUUCAAUGCCGCGAUUGAGAAAGAGAAGUUGCCUGAGGAGUGGAAGUGGGAUGGUGAGAAGUGGUUGGAUGGGAGUGGCAACAACGUGAGCGGCGCUAUUACAUUCCGAGUGCAUGAUUUUGAAGCAAGUGGACAGGAUGGCAUAUCGAUUGUGGGGACUAUGCGUGAGGGUUGA